AUGACAUGUAAUCCAGCAUGGAAGGAGAUUCAAGAAAACUUGAAAUACCAUGAAAAACCUCAAAAUCGGCCAGACCUUCUAGCUAGAGUUUUUAGAGCCAAGUUUGAACUUCUUAAAGCAGAACUUCUGAAUAAACAAAUCUUUGGUGACGUUGCAGCAUGCGUUUAUGUGAUCGAGUUUCAAAAGCGAGGCUUUCCUCAUGCCCAUCUAUUAUUGAUCUUAAAACCUGGUCACAAGCUGCUUAAUCCGGAGUCAUACGACAAAGUAGUUUGUGCUGAGUUGCCCGACAAAGAUCGAUAUCCUCACUUAUAUUCCCUUGUUGUCAAACAUAUGAUCCAUGGUCCUUGCGGAGCCAUGGAUAAAUCUUGUCCUUGCAUGAGAGAUGGAAUCUGCAAAAAUCGCUAUCCAAAGAACUUUUGUGCUCAAACGACUCAUGGUGAGGAUACUUAUCCAUAUUAUAGACGGAGAGAUGAUGGCAAGAGAGUCAAGGUCCGCAGAUUUACUCUUGAUAAUAGAUGGGUUGUGCCUUACAACCCAUACCUACUUGCCUUAUUUGAUUGCCACAUCAACAUGGAAAUUUGUUCAACUUUGAAACUCGUGAAAUACUUAUAUAAGUAUGUUUUCAAAGGGCAUGACCUGGUGAGCUUUAAGAUUAUUUCCUGUGAAUCACCCAAUGAUACUGAUGAAAUAAAAGACUUCCAGAAAGGUAGAUGGGUUUCGCCUCCGGAGGCUUUUUGGCGCAUUUAUGAAUUUAAACUCAAUGAGAUGACUCCAGCAGUUUACACCCUUCAAGUUCACCUUCCAGACCAGCAAUUUGUUUCCUUUGUCAAAAAUUCUGACUUGUUCCAACUGCUGAGCAAAGUUGAUUUUUCUAAAACAAUGUUAACUCAGUUUUUCUGCAUGAACAAAACAAAUAUAAAAGCACAAAAUCUGAAGUGCUUCUAUAGAGAUUUCCCUGAACAUUUUGUUUGGUCUGCUAAAUAUAAAGAGUGGACUGAACGAAAACGUCGAAAAGUGAUCGGUAGGAUGGUGACUGUUAGUCCAAAAGAAGGAGAAAGGUAUUAUUUGAGGUUACUUCUAACUCAUAUUGCUGGACCGACUUCUUUUGAAGACCUUUUGACUGUUAGUGAACAGAGAUUUGCCUCAUUCAGAGAGGCUGCUCUAGCUCUCGGCCUUCUACAGUCUGAUGCAUACAUCGAGGACACACUUCAGGAAGCGGUAGCGUUUCAGAUGCCUUCCUCGUUGAGAUUAUUAUUUGCCACUCUUCUUGUGUAUUGUUCCCCGGCAGAUCCUAGGUCACUUUGGGAAACAUUUGAACCAGAACUUUCUGCCGACUAUCACCAUCAUCAACCAUCCCAUGGCCUUUCUUCUCCUGAAAUUAGAAGAAAGGUCCUGCAGGAUAUAAACAACUCACUUGAACAAAUGGGCAAAAACAUUGCUGAUUUUCACUUUGUCUCCGGUGACUUCACAUGCGGUUACGCUGAAAGGUUAACAAAGGAGAUUGAGAAUGAAAGAAGCUUAGCGGUAGCGCCCGAGGAUUUGUUAUUGCCUCAGAAGUUAAAUUUUGAGCAAAAACAUGCCUACGAUGUGAUCCUAAAAGCAUGUUUUUCCUUCGAAGAACAAGCUUUUUUCGUCGAUGGCCCGGUGGCACCGAACCAUGUUGCCCUUGCAGUGGCAACAUCUGGAAUUGCAGCAUCAAUCCUUCCUGGUGGGCGGACAGCUCACUCGAGAUUCAAGAUACCACUUGAUUUCUCAAAAACUAAGAGUUGUCAGCUUAGUAAACAGAGCUCUGCUGCAAAACUCCUUUUUGAAUCUACGCUUAUUUUGUGGGAUGAAGCUUCAAUGGCUAAGCGGGAAACAAUUGAAGCAUUUGACGAGCUGCUAAAAGAUUUAAUGGAUUCAGAUUUGCCUUUUGGAGGAAAAGUUGUCGUUUUUGGUGGCGAUUUUCGGCAAACUCUACCUGUCAUUGAACAAGCAACUAAAGAACAACUCAUAGAAUCAACCUUCCCCAUUUCUCCCCUGUGGCCUAAACUACACAAGCUCAGGCUCACAGAAAACAUGCGGGCUAUGUUUGAUCCGGGAUUUUCACAUUUUCUUUUAAGUGUAGGAGAGGGGAGGGAACCUGUCGAUGAUCAGGGCGAAAUAACUUUGCCACCAGAUAUAGUUAUUCCAUAUCUAGAUAAAGAGGAAUCUCUCAACAGGUUAAUAGAGAGCGUGUUUCCAGAUUUGAACCUCUAUGCACGUGAUCCUUAUAACCUGAUAAAUAGGUGCAUCCUUGCUCCUAAAAAUAGCUCGGUUGACGAGCUCAAUGAAAUAAUGAUUAGGAGGUUUCCUGGGAGCCUUCAAACUUAUAUUAGCUCGGACAAGACUGUUGAUCAGCUGCAUCAAAGUGAUUAUGAGGACUUCCUCAAUUCUCAAAAUCCUAAAGGUCUCCCUCCUCAUAAGUUACUAUUGAAGGAAAACUGCCCGCUGAUGCUUCUAAGGAAUUUAAACCCAGCUGAGGGUCUAUGUAAUGGAACACGGUUAAUAUGUAGAGAUCUUGGGCAACACACGAUUUCUGCUGAGAUUGGUCAAACUCUUGACUACGUCGGCAUCUAUCUACGAGAACCAGUUUUUUCUCAUGGACAGUUGUAUGUCGCUCUGUCUAGAGCUAGGACUGCGGCUAAAGUUAAAAUUCUACUUGUUCCUGGGACAUUUGAUGGCACAAAAGUAGAUUGCAAAACUCGAAAUGUCGUCUUUGCUGAGAUUUUAGAUUAA